UCUCUGUCCAGAAAUUCUCUCUCUAACCAUUGAAUCAUAUAGCAAAUUUUUUGUAAAACAAAAAGAAAAGGAGAUCUCUUGUUUUCGAUUUGGGUUUCUCAGAACAUCAAAGCCAACGAUUGUUUUUUAAGUUAUAAAAGUAAUUAAGGAGAUCUUGCUCUCUCUCUCAAACUCGAUAAAGAACAAAAAGGGCUUUGUUUUGUAAAAGAAGCUUUUUUGAAAUGGUUUUGAUGUGUGAGAUAUCCAUUGUUACAGAAGAAAAGGUUGAAGAAGGCGAGUGGGAGAAGGAGAGAUAACACAAACCCAUACGAAGCCAAGUUCGCAGAAAGCAGAAGACACACAAAAACGAAAAACAAAAGAAAAUCAAUUAUUGGGGUUGUUCAUUAGUUUUCUUCUUCUUAUUCUCUGCUUCUCUGCCGGGUUAUUGGCAAUGUCAACAACAAUAGUAACCGAUCCAAUGGUGAUAUCAUCAGCCCCAGAAAGUCAAGCAUCAAAACUGGUUGUUCAAGCCGAAAUCGAGUUCGCCAAAUGCGACUGCUGUGGAUUAACAGAGGAGUGUACACCAGCUUACAUAGAGCGAAUCCGUGAACGAUUCCAUGGCCACUGGAUUUGUGGACUGUGUUCUGAGGCUAUUAAAUAUGAGAUUGUUAGGUCCAAGAGGCUACUUAGCACUGAAGAAGCGAUGACUAAGCACAUGAACUUCUUCAAGAAAUUUAAGGCCUCUGGCUCUACUCCUCCACCUGAUCCCACAAUCCACUUAAUUUCGGCUAUGAGACAACUUCUACGUCGGAGUUUUGAUUCUCCCAGGGGUUUGAGAUCAACUCCAAGCAGUCCCAUGUCCAAAAUCGACUCAGAGAUUUGUGGUCCUGGCCUUACUAGAUCCGAGAGUUGUUUUUCUACUUUGACACGUUGAUGUGUAGGAAAAAUAAGAAUCAAAGUGGGAAAAUGUUCUUUUGUGGAUUUGGAAAUUCCAUUGGCAAAAAGCCAAGAAAAACUUUUAUAAGAAAAAAUGAAAAAACUAGAUUUUCUGAUCAUGUGUAGUUUGUACUAGUAGUGAUCAAUACCAUAAAAACUUUUCUAUUUUGAUCUUGAAAA